AGUGGGUUGUCAUAUUUGGGAGAAUUUUUUUUACUGCCUUGCCGACCGAAUUAUGUAAAAGUGUUUUCAAGAUUGUGAUAUUCAAUAAAGGUCGUUUUAUCGCAAGAUUUAGUCUACCCUUAGUUUACACCGAGCGCCAGCGUUAUUUACAUUUAUAACAAAAUGGGAAAGAAACAAGAACCCGUAGAUGAGUUUGGUCUUAAAUUGGACAUGUGUCUAACCGAUGGAAUUAUCAAAUCUGGUGGUGGUAUAUUGCUAGGUGCCUUAUCAUCAGUGUUGUUCCUAGGUAGACGGAGAUGGCCUGUCAUAGCUGGCAUGGGAAUGGGCCUCGGGAUUGCAUAUGCCAAUUGUGAGCUAAGCUUAAAAGAUUUUAAUGAUAAAAAGAAGCCUAAUGCAAGUUAAAUCCCUGAGCCGACAGGUUGUUAAAUUUUAUUUUAUCAGGUAAA